AUGAGAGCCCUCUUCUUCCUAGCCUCUCUAGGCUUUGCAGCCGCUGAGGAUGGCUUGGAUGGCUGGUUACGUUAUGCUUCACUGCCGUGUUCUGGUCAAUGCCAAUCCAAGCUCCCUGCUAAUAUUGUCGUGUUCAAUGCCACCGAGACGAGCCCCGUGUACGUUGCAGGGUCAGAGAGACAGGCGGGGAUCCAGAGUAUCUAUGGGAUUCAGCCUCACAUCAGCCACAAUCAAUGUAAAUCAUCCUCGUCUGCAAUCGUCGUCGGCACCGUUCACCAAUAUCGCAAGACUUGUGGUUCGCGCGACGUUCCGGAGUUGGAAGAAGACGGUUUCUGGCUCAGCACUGAGGCAAAUCGGAUUUAUAUCCUGGGACAAAUGAACGUGGGUAACUUCUCGGAAGUCUCCUACUCCACGAACCCCUCGGCGCCGAUUCGCUGGGUGAACCAGUGGGAUAAUAUAGACGGGCGAAUCGAGCGAGGUUACGGCGGUCCCUCAAUCUUCUUCAAGGAUGGAGCAAUCAUCUCCGAUCUGACGAGAGUCAGGCAAUAUGCCCGUCUGCUCUCCUCGAUUCGGAUCAAUGCCGUGGUGGUCAACAAUCUCAACGCCAACGCCACCUUGCUCACUCCUGCAAACCUCAAGGGACUGGGCCGGAUUGCCGAUACUUUCAGGCCGUAUGGUGUGCAAGUUGGCAUUUCGCUCAAUUUUGCAUCCCCCGAGGAUCUGGGCGGUCUUAGCACUUUUGAUCCACUCGACUCCUCCGUCAUUAGCUGGUGGUCCAACAUUACCAAGCAUGUGUACCAACAUGUCCCAGAUAUGGCAGGCUACUUGGUCAAGGCAGACUCAGAAGGACAGCCGGGUCCUCAGACAUACAGUCGCACAUUGUCCCAAGGAGCAAACCUCUUCGGCAAGGCACUACAGCCGUACGGAGGCAUUGUCAUGUUCCGUGCCUUCGUGUACAACCAGCUCAAUGAGUCGGUUUGGACGGCGGACCGUGCGAACGCUGCGGUCAACUUUUUCAAAGAUCUGGAUGGCGAGUUUGACGAGAAUGUAGUAGUGCAAAUCAAAUACGGACCUAUCGAUUUCCAGGUCCGGGAGCCGGCAUCGCCCUUGUUUGCAAAUCUCUUCAAUACGAGUACUGCUAUUGAGCUGGAAGUCACCCAGGAGUAUCUUGGCCAACAGUCGCAUCUUCUUUAUUUGCCUCCACUCUGGAAGACUAUCUUGGAUUUUGACCUGCGGGUGGAUGGCAAACCUUCCCUUGUCCGAGAUGUUGUUACCGGGAAACGCUUCAAUCGAAAGUUAGGUGGUUCGGCCGCUGUUGUCAAUGUCGGCACUAAUACAACCUGGCUGGGAAGCCAUCUCUCUAUGUCGAACCUCUAUGCCUAUGGUCGCCUUGCAUGGAACCCUGCAGAUGACGCCCAGGCAAUGCUGCAGGACUGGAUUCGUUUGACCUUUGGUCUGGAUCGCACGGUGCUCAGUACUAUAACGAAGAUGUCCAUGGACUCAUGGCCCGCAUAUGAGGCCUAUAGUGGAAAUCUUGGGAUCCAAACAUUGACCGACAUUCUGUACACCCAUUACGGGCCCAAUCCAGCCUCCCAGGACAACAAUGGAUGGGGCCAGUGGACCCGUGCAGACCAUACAGGCAUCGGAAUGGAUCGCACUGUGAGCAAAGGUACCGGAUUCGCAGGCCAGUAUCCAAGCGAGAUUGCCGCGAUGUAUGAAAACAUCGAUACUACUCCAGACAAUCUUCUGCUGUGGUUCCAUCAUGUCGAAUAUAUGCACAGCCUGCACUCUGGGAAAUCCGUUAUUCAGCACUUUUACGAUGCGCACUACAGCGGCGCGGAGACUGUGCAGACGUUCCUUUCACAGUGGGAAUCUCUGAAGGGCAAAAUCGACGACGAACGAUACGAACACGUCCUGCGUCGCCUGGAGUAUCAAGCCGGUCAUUCAAUUGUUUGGAGAGACGCAAUAAAUAAUUUCUACUACAAUCUCUCAGGCAUUCCUGAUACGGCCAAACGCGUCGGCCAUCAUCCGUGGCGCAUUGAGGCAGAGAGCAUGCAGUUGGAGGGAUACAAGGCGUAUACUAUCAAUCCCUUUGAGACUGCCUCUGGCUCUGUGGCUAUUGUCACUGCUGCGAAUGAUACCAUGGGCACGGCUACCACUCAAAUCAAGUUUCCCUCCGGAACAUAUGAUCUCGCAGUGAAUCACUACGAUAUUGACGGCGGGCAGUCUCACUGGCAGGCAUAUUUGAAUGACAAGCAGAUUGUUCCGGGGGUCAAAGUUAACAAGGGUGAUGCAUUAAAGAUCGUCGGCAAGCCUGAUGGAGUUGAGCCAGCCCCGCUGGACUAUGUUGCCUUCCUUCCCGAUGGGGUGGUGGAUUGA